AUGGAAGACGCCCCUCUGCUGGGCAGCAUGUCCAGCCCCGAAGACGAGAUGGUGACAGACCUCUUCAGCGCCGAGAGUCAGUUUGUUCCCGAAAACCUUACCCUGAAAACUCCGGUGGCGGUAAAGCACGAGGAAGACGAUUUUCACGUCUUCAAGGAUGCGUACCUGGUCCCAGCGGAUCCCAAAGAGCCGCUGCUGCACGCGUUCAACCCCGCGCUCGGCGGGGACUGCCAGAGCAAGGUCAAAGUGGAGCUGCUGGUGGAUGAGAACGAAGGCGAGGGACUCCUGGGGGAGUACUCGAACCUCCCCGAGCUCAACCCCCUAGAAGAUGCCGUUCUCCCUGCCGCCCCGCAGCCGCAGGCCUACAACGUCCACUUCCUGUCCUCCCUGCUCACCCCGCACAGGAGCUCUGCCGUCGUGCCCCUGGGCGCCUGGGCCAGGGACGGAGCCGCCCACCCGGGUGUCCGCGUGAUUCCAGUUGAAAUCAAGGAAGCAGGUGGUUCUGUCACAAGCAACAAUCUGGAGGAAGCAACCUUUCAACAUCCUCUGGCCCAGGAGUCAAGUUGCAAGUUCCCAUCAUCUCAAGGAGCAGAGGAUGCCUCUGGUUGCUCUCAUAAGAAAGACUCUAACCCAAUGGUGAUAUGUCAGUUGAAAGGGGGUACACAAAUGCUGUGUAUAGACAACUCUGGCACAAGAGAACUAAAAGCGCUUCAUCUGGUUCCUCAGUAUCAAGACCAAAAUAAUUAUCUACAGUCAGAUGUCCCUAAACCCAUGACUACUUUAGUAGGAAGAUUUUUGCCAGUACCGGCAAAGUUAAAUCUCAUUACACAACAACUUGACAGUGGAGCCUUACCAUCUGCAAUCAGCGGGCCUGCUUUCCCCUCAGGAUCAACUCUUCCAGGACCACCACCAAAAAUAACUUUGGCUGGGUACUGUGACUGCUUUGCUAGCGGGGACUUUUGCAACAACUGCAAUUGUAAUAAUUGUUGCAACAAUUUACGUCAUGAAAUCGAACGGUUUAAGGCCAUUAAGGCAUGUCUUGAUAGAAAUCCAGAAGCUUUCCAACCAAAAAUUGGGAAAGGAAAACUGGGUGAUGUGAAGCCUCGCCAUAACAAAGGGUGUAAUUGCAAGAGGUCGGGCUGCCUUAAGAACUACUGUGAGUGCUAUGAGGCCAAAAUUAUGUGUUCUUCUAUUUGCAAAUGCAUUGGUUGCAAAAAUUAUGAAGAAAGCCCAGAACGGAAAACACUAAUGAACAUGCCAAACUACAUGGAAACUGGGGGUUUUGAAGGCAGCCAUCAUUUGUCACCAACGAAGUUUUCAGGACUGCCAAAAUUCAGAAAAGAUAGGCGGUCGACCUCGUGCAUCUCCUGGGAGGUGGUGGAAGCCACGUGCGCCUGCCUGCUGGCCCAGGGCGAAGAGGCAGAGAAGGAGCUCCGCUCCGAGUGCCUGGCGGAGCAAAUGGUCCUAGAGGAGUUCGGGAGAUGCUUGUCGCAGAUUCUCCAUAUUGAGUUUAAAUCCAAAGGGCUGAAAAUUGAGUAG